AAAAUAGCAAAGCUCGGGACGGUCCGCAGCCCCGGCCGCUCACAGGUGAAGGGACCCGGAGCCUAGGAGGCUGCCCCGGAGCAGGAAGCGCCAGCGGGCCGUGGAGAGACCGGGUCAAGAGCCGAUAGGCGCGCGGGGGUGGGCGCUGCAGCCGCGGGUUGUUUAUCUGGAGUACGGAGGGGAGGGGGGAGCCUGGAAACCGCCCCGUGUCCCAUUUCCUCCUCUUGUUUUCGCUCCGGAUUCUCCAUGUUGGACCCAAACUGAGGAGCCCGGAGCUGCCGCCGGGGGAUCGGGGCCGGGGGCACCCGGGGGAGCCGCUGCCCGGGCCGCCCGCCCUCCGUACAGGCCGCCUCCCUUCCCGGUCUGGGGAGGAAACGAGAGGGGGGAUGUGAACAGCUGUGGGAGUCGGAGUCUCGGAUCGGGGCCGGGGGCGCCCGGGGGAGCCGCUGCCCGGCGGGCCCCCGCCCAGGCCCCCCAGCCCAGCCCGCGCGCCCGCCAGUCCUCCCGCCCAGCCAGCCCGGGCCCGCGGGAUUGUUAGAUGGAACACGGCUCCAUCAUCACCCAGGCGCGGAGGGAAGACGCCCUGGUGCUCACCAAGCAAGGCCUGGUCUCCAAGUCCUCUCCUAAGAAGCCUCGUGGACGUAACAUCUUCAAGGCCCUUUUCUGCUGUUUUCGUGCCCAGCAUGUUGGCCAGUCCAGCUCCACCACUGAGCUUGCUGCUUACAAGGAGGAAGCCAACACCAUUGCUAAGUCGGAUUUGCUCCAGUGUCUCCAGUACCAGUUUUAUCAGAUCCCAGGGACUUGCUUGCUCCCAGAGGUGACAGAGGAAGAUCAAGGAAGGAUCUGUGUGGUCAUUGACCUGGAUGAAACCCUUGUGCAUAGCUCCUUUAAGCCAAUCAACAAUGCUGACUUCAUAGUGCCUGUAGAGAUUGAGGGGACCACUCACCAGGUGUAUGUGCUCAAGAGGCCUUAUGUGGAUGAGUUCCUGAGACGAAUGGGGGAACUCUUUGAAUGUGUUCUCUUCACUGCCAGCCUGGCCAAGUAUGCUGACCCUGUGACAGAUCUACUGGACCGGUGUGGGGUGUUCCGGGCCCGCCUGUUCCGUGAGUCCUGUGUAUUCCAUCAGGGCUGCUAUGUCAAGGACCUCAGCCGCCUGGGAAGGGACCUAAGGAAAACCCUCAUCUUGGACAACUCACCUGCUUCUUAUAUCUUCCACCCAGAGAACGCAGUGCCUGUGCAGUCUUGGUUUGAUGACAUGGGAGAUACUGAGUUGCUGAACCUGAUCCCAAUCUUUGAGGAGUUGAGUGGAGCAGAGGACGUCUACACCAGCCUUGGGCAGUUGCGGGCCCCUUAGCCUUCCCUGCUUCCAAGCAACAGCCAUCCUAGUAGGGGACUUUCCUACACUGUGCCUUUAUGAUCAGCCUGACAGAGCGGAAGCUGGAGCACUUCACCAAAUGAGGCCUGGAAAUAGGGAGAAGAGACUGGAAAGAGCCUUAGGACAACAGAUUAGACCCUGAGUGGGCAAAUAUCAGACCACCAGUACCCAGGGCUACCUGCUCCCUGAGUUGGGUUCUCAAGAGUGUGUGUGCGUGUGUGUCUUGCUGUGAACGGUUGCCCUGGGAUAUACAGUGUUUCAGUUGGGGAGAAGCUAAAAGAUCAAGAGUCUUUCCAAGUUAGUUCAUCUCCUCUCCUGUUACCCUAAGAGCGACUGAGCUCUAUAUAGGGAUGAAGACUAUUGAAGGCUCCAUUGCCAAACCAUGGCCUUUCCUCAAUGUUGAAGGCCUAUGCCAAGGAGAAAGGAAGGGUCAGAGGCGGCCUUUGGAUGCCCCAGGCACACUCCUCUCUGAAAUCUUUCUCCAGCCAGCUGCUGCAGACAAAAAGAUGACAUAUCUGGAAAGAUGACAACUUGUUUCCAGAACCAGUACCCCAGUGGCCCUAAAGUCCUGUGGCCCAAGGGCUGCACUUGCUUCCAGCCAAGUGCCUGGCAUGGGCCCUUUCUGUGUCUCCCCAAGGCUUGGGCACUGGACCUGUCUUCCUCACCACCUAGCCGUAGCCUUGAACCUGUGGGGAAGGAGUUCUUGCCCUGGAAGAGGACAGAUAACUGAUUUCCGUUCUUUUGACUCUUUUAAAUUCUCUUUCUAAA